AUGACUACGAUAGAUUAUUUUCAAAGACCAAGUUACCUAGACUUGCUGGAUUUAUAUCCAUUCAGAGUUAUCAAACCAACUACCAUUGCUGUUUUACCAUAUGAAGUAAUUAUCAAAAUAUUAAUAUACCGUUUUGAAUUUGACAAUCAACAUUUUCAUCAUAUUUUACCAUUCAUAUUAACUUGUAAAACCUUUUAUAACAAUUACAUUUUCCUCAUUUACACAUUAAAACAAUUAGUCAUCAGUUUAACCAAUAAACCAAACUCUAUUUCAUAUAUUGGAUUAGAAACGCUAAUUAAAUACACUUCAAUAAUUCGAGUCAACACUGUUCAUAUUGAUAUAACUCCAAAAUUCAGAUUUGAUAAGAUGUUUCUAACCCUAAUUUAUGAUUCAAUAUAUACUUUUGAAUUUCUUGAAGAUGUCACAUUAACAUUAAGCUCAAUGGAAUAUUUAUUUGGACUUUUAAAUUUACAUUCUCCAAGAUUAAAAAGGUUAUCAAUCAUAUUAACUUCUAAAAUUAACUACUUCAAUAGAUUAUUAGACACGUUUGAAGUUCCAAUUUUUGACAAGCUUGAAAAAUUAAAAUUUGAAACAAAGUAUCCAUUAAGUAUAAAUAAAGUAUCAAAAUAUUUUCCAAAUUUUAGAUCAGUUCCAGAUUUUAAAUGGCAAGGAGUUGCUGAGAAAAUACCAUUUGCAAGUUAUGAAUCACCAAUGUUUCAGAUUUCAAUGAUAUUAGCUAAGAUGAUUUACGAAUCAAGAGAAACUUUAAGAAUUUUGGAUUUGAAAAAUAUUAACCCAGUAUUUAUCAUUCGUGAAUUAGAUCCAUGGUUAUAUAGAAAUCCUAGAGGAUAUCAAGUAGAUGGUUCUUUAAUAGCUAAAAGUGAAGAUGAUUUUGAUUCCAAUUUCUUUCCAAAUUUAAAAAUGAUUUAUAUUGAUAAUUUAUAUCAGUUUAAUAUUCACAUUUUAAAUAAAUUAUUAGGUGACGAUGUUGAACACAAGGAUUGUUUGUUUUUAUUUGAGAAUUAUUAUUUAAAGGAGUUGAAAUUGAUUAAAUUAUAUCAUGGUAGAUUGAUCAAAAAGGUUAUAAAUACAAGUGAAUAUGAAAACAUCGAACAUUGGAAUUAUGAAACUUUGGAACUGAAGUUUAAUAGAAAUAAUGAUUCAAUAGUAUUAUGA